GCGAGCCCUCGAGAUCCAUCACCGCCCUCGUUUCGCACAAGCCGGAGCAACCAAGCAUUUCACCCACCCAACUGACCCAAGGCGGAGGAAAUCGUCGGAGUCUCGGAGAGGAGGGACCGGUCGACUGGAAUGGCGAUGGCACCGUGCGCACCCGCCUCCGUCUCCUUCCCCGCCCGCUCGGCGGGGGCGGCGGCCCGGCCGCGCGACGCCGCGGUGGUCCGGGCCGGGGCGGAGGGUGGCAAGUGGUGGGCGCCGCUGGUCGGGUGGUCGGGGCGGGCUGACUACCUCGAGGCCCCGGCGCCGGCGCCUGCAGCUGAGGCGACGGAGAAGGCUGGCCAGAGGGCGUUCGUGGGGGGGCUGACGGAGGAGAAGGCGCGGGAGCUGCGGGCGCGGAUGGUGGAGACGGAGAGCUUCCACGACGCCAUGUACCACUCCGCCAUCGCAUCCCGCCUCGCCCGCUCCGCCUAAGCCUCGGCCCGCCGCCGUGGAGGCGAGACGAGACGACCAAACCAAAUCAACUCGCCGACCUCACCAUGGAUGAAUUUGGGAUUCGUUCCCCCUUCUUGACGAUGCGGAGGAGGCGAGAGAACAGGGUAGGGAUCUGGUUUUAGGUAGCGCCCUCCCUCGAUCGCCUCCGCCGCGACCGCUCCACGAUCUGCUACGAUUUGCUUUAGAAAUGGCAGAUCUGCGAAUGCUGUUGUACUCAUUUAGAAUCGCAUCCAAAACGUCGUUGUUCCUAA